AUGGCCAUAAGCUAUCGCGCCGGCUUGGCGCUGCUCGUUCUGGCGGCGGCUGUUCUGAUGGCGUCCGCAGCGGACCCGGAUCCCCUUGCGGACUUUUUGCUGCCGGGACUGACUGGCGCCGAAGUGACUGGCGCCAAUUUCGCCUUUCGCCGUCUGGAUAACGUCACCGUGCCGCCCGGCCAGGGCAGCGCGACCAAGUCCGCCAACGCCGCAACCUUCCCCGCUGUGACAUCCCAGGGCGUCUCGUAUACGUUCAUCGACUAUGCGCCGUGCGGCCAGAACCCCAUUCACACCCACCCCCGCGGAACGGAGCUGCUCUUCGUCGUCGUAGGCCAGCUGUACGUCGGCUUCGUUGACACAAACAACACACUGUAUGCGACGACGCUGAACGCGGGUGACGUGUUCGUCUUCCCCCGCGGUCUGAUCCACUUCCAGCAGAACACCAGCCCCCGCAAGCCCGCGAAGGCGCUCGCGGCUUUCAACAGCCAGAACCCGGGAACCCAGAGGAUCGGCAGCGCGCUCUUUCUGCCCACCGGCAUCCCCACCAGCAUCGAGCAGGUCGCCUUCAAUGCGAAGGCGUCUACGAUUGAAGCCAUCAAGCAAAACUUCCCGCCUUCCGGUAACGCGGUCGGUACCGAGAAGACGGGCUGCGGACCUUCCGGUUUCUUCCCGUAA